GAAACGGACGUGGAAUCCCGAGAGAUGUGGACAUGCAAGUUGCUGUUCGUGAUCACGGUUAUUGAAUCAACCGAUACUGAGAAACGUUUGAUUGAACUGUAAUGAAUUAGAAGAAAUUAUUAAUAUCACAUUAAACUAUAAAAUACUGGUGUAAACGAACUCUCCUCGGGCCUCUAUGGAAACCAUCGAAUCACCGGUUACGACCUCGUAGCUUUAUAGGAUGAUAUCAGCUGUCUUGAAUUGUCCAUGCUGGACUGGAUUUUCCGGUUUGUCGGUGAAUCGUUGCAUUUGACUUGUAGGAAUAUUCCUCUAGUACAGUAUAAAAUUUUCUGUUAAAUAAGAGAAGUGAAAGAAAGGAAAUAAAAAUGAAUAAUAGAAUAAUACAAGAAAAUGCAUUGAAAUAUUUCAUAUUCCUCAGCGUUUUCGUUUGUUUUCGUCAAGUAAAUGGUUCAAAAGAUCGUUUCAGCUCUCGAGUUGUAAUAACAAAAUAUGGGUCUCUCAGAGGAAUAAUUCGAGACUUAGCUAACAAGGACCUUCGACCUGUUGAAAUAUUUUACGGCGUGCCCUACGCCAGUGCACCCAUUGGCUCCUUGAGAUUCAUGCCGCCAGUCACUCCACCACAUUGGCGAGGAAUCCGAAACGCUUCUAUGUUCGGCCCUGUCUGUCCACAAAAGUUUCCGGACAUUCAGAAUCAAACCGAAGCGCUAAAGAGGAUGCCUCCUGCAAGACUGUCUUACUUGAGACGCCUAAUUCCAUUUUUAAGCGACCAAAGUGAAGACUGUUUGUACUUAAACAUAUAUGCCCCAGCCAUACUCCUUCACCAAACUGUGAGAGUUCCAGUGAUUGUUUUCAUACAAGGAGAAUCUUAUGAAUGGAAUUCCGGAAAUCCUUAUGAUGGCAGUGUUAUUGCAAGUAUAGCAGAUGUUAUCGUCAUAACAUUUAACUUUCGUCUAGGGAUAUUAGGAUUCUUUCCAGCACUAGAGGGAGCUGCCCGAGGUAACUACGGCCUCAUGGACCAAGUAGCAGCUCUCCACUGGAUACAGGAAAAUAUCAUGAAAUUUGGUGGAGAUAUUCACAAUGUUACAAUCAUGGGGCACGGACAUGGUGCAGCUUUUGUGAAUUUGCUGAUGGUUUCACCAAUGGCAAGAGGAUUAUUUCAUCGCGGCAUUAUGCACAGCGGGUCUGCCCUUAGCCCCUGGGCAAUAGCCAGACAGGCCCCAGAGUUUACUCGUCAGCUGGCUAGCAAGCUGGGUUGCUCAACAGUCAGCAAUAUUGUCAUGGUAGAAUGCUUGAGAGACCAACCUAUAGAACAUAUAUUGAAAGUUGAGUUAACUGUUCCAGAUUAUCUAACAGCCUUCGGACCAGUUGUUGAUGGAAUAGUCAUACCGAAUGAGCCUGAGGUAUUGAUGAGAGAUUACAACGACCUGUAUAAUCAAUAUGAUCUGUUGCUGGGUGUCUCCAGAAUGGAAUUUUAUUUCAAGUUUUCAGCGAACGAAGAACGUUAUGGUAUUGAGGAAGACCGUCGAAACAACCUGUUUCAAACAUUAGUAAAGAACGUAUACACAUAUCACUUACAAGAGAUAUUUUAUGUUAUAGAAAACGAAUACACAGACUGGGAGAAAGCUAUUCAACAUCCUAUCAACAUUCUAGAGAGCACAGCUGAUGCUAUGGGUGAUGGUAUUGUUGUUGGGCCGUUGUUAAAAUCAGCUGAAUAUCGGGCAAAAGGAAACAAGAAAACAUUUCUUUUUGUAUUUGGUCAUCAGACAGAAAACUCAGAAUUCCCAAAGAGAUUUGGAUGCAUUCAUGGAGAAGACCUUCCUUAUGCUUUUGGUGUUCCUUUAGUUGGAAGCCUUGCACAUUUCCAACAAAACUUUUCGCGCUCAGAGAUGUCGUUAGCAGAAGCCGUUUUGGCGUACUGGACCACUUUUGCAAAGACAGGUGACCCAAAUGUUCCGUUGCAUGAAGACCUUGAAAUAAUGAGCAGUCGUUUUGAAAGAGUCGAGUGGCCAACGUUUAACAACGUUCAUCAAAAAUAUCUAAGUUUAGGAACCAAACCGAAAGUCCGUGACCACUAUCGUGCGCACCAGCUGUCUUUCUGGAACAAUUUAAUCCCCAAAAUCCACCGAAGCGGUACAGGAGAGUAUCCUCACCACAGUUUCCUUGGUAACCCACAUAGUCGUGAUGGAGUUCUAGCUUCUGACCUAGUACCCACUAAAGCUGACGAGAAUGUGUAUUCUAUCGAAGUUUCCACUGUUCCGACCACUUUAAACCUUAAUGUUCUUUUUGAAACAUCAAGUGAACCAUCAAACACUUCACCUGCUGAGACCACUCCCGGGGUUUUCCCAAACCACUCUGCUGAUACAGCUCAGCCGUCGUCUGAACAAAGCACUUACUCUACAGCGCUAAGUGUCACCAUCGCUGUGGGCUGUUCUCUCCUUAUUUUGAAUGUUUUGAUUUUUACUGGAAUGUUUUAUCAAAAAGAUAAAAACAGACUUGAAGCCAAACUUCAGAAAAAUAAUCACAAGAUGAAAAUAGCACAAGAAAAUGACAACGUCGCAGUAAAUCACCGUAAACAAGUGUCUCGUGUACCUCUCUUUCUCCCUCUAGUCAAGAACUUCCACCCCUCCACCUGCUCCGUUACCAACACCACCAAAAGUACCGGAUAAAACUGUUUACGUUCCUCCCGAAGGGAAACCUGUCCCAGAAGCUCAACCUCUCUUACAUCAUGGUUGCCACAGGUUGGCACCUCCUUUGAGAUCAAGUGUGGAGGAAAUGAGAGUAUAAACUGGAUUCAGCUGUUAGAUGGUAGAAACUUUGGUGGUUAAAAUAUUUAAACAGCAUUGUUGUG